AUGCUAAGCUCUAGCACUUCUAGCCUCGAUGCAGCCUCUCCAUACUCUUCUGCUCUUCUAGAGCAAUUAGAUGCUCUUGAUUUAGAGUACUCCGAGCACGGCGCAUCGCUAAAGAUCUUGCAACAGUAUGACCAAAUCCUUUCUUCCUUGAAUCAGUUAAAGAAUAAGGACACCAGAGUAAUGAAGAAGGUUUCACAAACCUUGCUUAAGCAUGGGUUGAUAAACCUCCGAUUGAAUAGAGAUAGACCUGCUAUGGAAGACUUUGAUUUGUGCACUAGAGAGGAAUUCAACAAGGAGUGUUUUGAUCAAUAUGUAAAGCUAUUCUUAGAUUAUGGAAAGGUCGAUCAGAUAGAAGACAAAUUGACUCAAUUUAAGGGUCAGAUUCCAAAGAGUGAGGCCAACAGAAUCCAAAGUCAGGUAGACCAAGUGAAAGAUCUUGAGAAAAAGGUGAGUAAACCUGCUAAUGGCUGGAGUUUUCAUCAUUCAGAUGAGCCAAUUCAACAGUGUGAAAGGUUGAUUCAACUUUCAAAGCACAAUUCUGUCGCUCGAAGAGCUCAUAUCAGAUGUAUAAAGGAAAUGAGGGAGGAGGAAAUGGGCCUAACGGAGAAGAUGAACAAACUGACUACAGAUUAUUUUGAAAUGACCAAGGGGGAAGAUGGAUCUAUGGAUGACUUUAGCAAAUUGUCUCUUUUAUAUUUGUUUGGAGAGAGACCAUCUGUUGUGAGGAGUAACCAUGCUAUUAAGGGCUGCCUUAAACUGGAUAACAGCAACAAUCGGUGCCGGCAAUUGUCCAAAGUUAUGCUGAAAUUGGGCGAGCUUCUUAGCUUGAUGAACGAGAUCUCUGAUUAUUACUCAUUUGUAUAUGGAGAUCGGAAGUCUGAGGAAUUAUACAAAGUAAGGGAAUUAGAGCCAAGCCGAGAACAGUGGAGCCGGCUUAAAUCUUUACUAUUUGACCCUGACAACAAGGUUCGGUUUAAGAAUAGAAAGGAUGAAACAGAGGUAUUUGGGUUCAACAUUGCGAAAUGUAAGAACAACUUUGAGAUUUUGACUGAAUUCAUGUUAAACGAACUAGAGGAGGACUUUGGAUUUAAGCAGAGAGAGGUGACGAAGGGUUCAAAGUUUGCACGUGACUUGUUCAUUAUGGCCAAGGAGUGCUAUUUUCAGACGGAUGAUUGGGAGAAUUCAAGUAGAAAUGGCCCUCUAGAUAAUAAAUACUAUAAGAGGUAUUUGAAGGAGCAAAAGAAAUCUGAUUUAAUAGAUCAACUAUUGAAAUUGGAUAGACUACUAGACGGGAAGAAGUAUAAGGAAGCGAAGAGGGAACUUGCAAAUAUGGAGGAUGGCAUGAAAAUGACUCGAAUGGUGAAGGAGAGAUAUGAUAGAUAUAACAAGGAAAUGAAACGGAGUAAACAGCAGCAGCAACGAAAGCAUCAAGAACGAAGACAGCGGCAGCAGCGGCAGCAGCAGCAGCAACAACAGCAACAGCAGCAGCGGCAGCAGCAGCAACGUUUCCAUCAACAACAGCAACAGCAACAGCAGGUACAGAAAACCCCUCCUAAUGAUUACUAUAAGAUUCUGGGUGUUAAAAAAGGAGCGGAUGAAGCUACAAUAAAAAAAGCAUACAGGGAGAAGAUGAAGCAAAAUCAUCCGGACAAACUUAAGAGAACAUCGAAUUUGACGGAUGAAGAAAUCGAGUCGAAAGUGUCCGAGAUCAACAACGCAUAUGAAGUACUCUCUGAUCCGGAAAAGAGAAAGAAUUAUGACAGCUUUGGAGAGGACCCUAACGAUCCCAGCUAUCAUCAGCAACAUAAUACAAGACAGGCACAAAGAGAAGGAGAUCCUAACAUGAGGUUUUAUAGAAAUCCAAAGAAUUCAUACCAAUUCUUUGGGGGUAUGGGAAAUCAACGAUUUCAACAGCAUAUGAACUUUGGAAAUGGCGGAUUUGGAACUGGAGGAUUCGGAACUGGAGGAUUCAGUCGGAUGUUCAAGCAGGGCUUCCAAAACGGAAGACAAAGAGGUAAAGGACCCAUUAAUGGAAGAACAUCCAGGGGCAAGAAAAGUGCAAAUGGAAAUCAAAGAAGAAGUAAAAGAAGGUCAUUUUAA